GAACACCUUGAGCAUUUCUGACACGAGUAGUACAGUACGACAUCCGAAAAAAGAAGAAGUAGUAGAAUGCGACAACCAAGGACGCUCACGCACGAGGAGCAGGUCUUGUUUCGAUCAGUCAAACGACCCAGGCCCCCACCGAGAACGAAAUGGUUCUGGGUGCCACGUGUCUUCAUUCGCGUGCUAGUUCUAUUGGUUAAGGGUAGUUUAUCACUAUCCCGUGUGCACUAUGCUGAGUGGAGUCCUCCUGGAUUUAAUAAAGGGGAAACUAAGGGGGACAGACAGAUGGCAUCCCACUCGACUCGGGAUAGUGAGAAACUACCUCUAAGUUGGCCGUGCUUGAUGAGGUCUUCGAAUCGUCUGACGGACAUCUAUAUGACGACACUGGAUGGACUUGGUGGACCAGCACCAGCCCGAAGAGUGCCGCCACCUCUAAAAGACCCAAAAGAGGUAGAGCCACCAAAUCAUCCUUCAAGUCCUACCUCUUUGCAUCCGCUAAAAAAAGUCGUGGUUUUCCUUUUUUGCGGCCAACAGGACCACGUGGUUCCUCAAAUGAUCGGCACUCUACCUGGCAGAACGCUCGCAAUUCUUCAACCUCUGCCAAUGGCGCCAUUCCAAG